CGGCGUCGAGAAGCCGGCUCGACAGAGCAGGUUGUGCUGUUGGGGAGUGGGGGUGUGCGGCAGGUUACAGCGCGGCGUGUGCGCGAUUGUGGUCCGUCGAUUACGACUCCAGUGACAUCAAGUGCAGCUGCUUCUUGUGACCAUCUUAAUUUUGAUUGUGUGAGCUCUGUUGAGAUCUGUGUGCCUGCAUUGGAAGGUGCCUGAGUGUAUACCUGUUCGAAGCGGGAGCAUGCGUGGAGAAUGGCUGAGAAAAGAUGGUGCGACGCAAGUCGUGGAGAUGCCGGAAUAAGCGUCUCUUACUGACAAAAUCGUACGAACGUGAUAUUUUAGUGGAAUUGUCAUUGCUGCUGCCACCCGUGACACGGCGUUCCUCACUGGAGGCGGCCAGGUGCCGGCGGCAGCAUGACGCCCCAUGAGGACGGCUCCAUGUUCAUGCGGCUCCUCUCGGCUGGACUGUAUGCCAGCUCCUCCUUCCUCAUUGUGGUCAUCAACAAACAUGUGCUUACAGAGUACCAUUUUCCGUCCUUUCAAGUGCUGGGCAUUGGUCAGAUGCUGGCCACCAUACUGAUCCUGGGCCUGCUGCGCUGCGCCGGCGUCAUCUCGUUCCCGAAGCUGGACAGGAGCAUUCCGCGAAAGGUAUGGCCUUUGCCGGCUAUUUACGUGGGGAAUCUCGUCUUCGGUCUCGGAAGUACAAAGCAGCUCAGUCUACCGAUGAUGACGGUGCUGCGACGGUUCUCCAUUCUGAUGACGAUGGCCGGCGAGUUCUUCAUCCUGGGGAAGCGACCCUCGCUGGCGGUGCAGCUCAGCGUGUACGGCAUGGUCUUCGGCGCCAUCAUCGCCGCCUCAAACGAUCUGUCAUUCGACCUCUACGGCUACGUGUUCGUGCUAGCCAACGACGUGUUCACGGCUGCCAACGGCAUCGUGUCCAAGCAGAAGUUGGAAGCCCGCGACCUCGGCAAGAACGGCCUCACCUACUACAACUCGCUCUUCAUGAUCCUGCCACUGACCCUGGUGUCGCUCGGCGGCGGCGACAUACAGAAGGCGGCCGCGUUCCAGCACUGGAUGGAGCCCGGCUUCCUGGCGCUCUUCUUCAGCUCCUGCGUCAUGGGCACGGCGCUGAUGUACACCACUGUCCUCUGCACCCACCACAACUCGGCGCUCACCACCACCGUCAUCGGCUGCCUCAAGAACGUCGUCGUCACCUACUACGGCAUGAUGUUCGGCACCGACUACAUCUUCAGCUGGCCCAACUUCUUCGGCCUCAACGUCAGCAUCGCCGCCUAGCAUAGUGUUCUCGUACGUGACGUUCGCGGAGAAGGCCGCCUCGCCGCUGCCCGUCUCCGUCCCUUCGAACGGCGGCAAGGUGAUCAACACGUAGCCGGGGACGACCAGUGGGCGGCGCGGGCCCGUCACGUCCUCGCCGCACGAGCGGGACGGCCACGCCGAUGUGGGCUCGGACGCGGACCGGCGCCGACAGGAGGACGCCGGAGGGAAGCGCCGGCGGCGUUGUCGCUUCCGGUGGAGACCAGUCGUGCAGUAGGCGUGGUCCGACUGACCCAGACGGGUACCGGAGCCGGUUCGGUGGUGACUGGACACUCACCCGGCGGGCCUAGCCGGGCUGUGGGCGUGACCGACCGGCUGUCGGUGACCUGGCGAGGGCGUUGGGGUGCCAGGAGUGUUGUGGCCCCCGCAGCCGCGGUGCGGGCUGCAGCGGUGUCUCUUGCGCCCUGGGCCACUGUGUGGCCCGGUCUUGAACUCGCGCAAGUGGUCUGAGUGCUUGGGUGGACCAAUCGGCACCUGUGAGCUGAAGGUCAACGUUUUAAUUCUGCUGACGACGGCGGCUGCUCGAUUUUGCGCAGCACACGGAAAACAUGUGUUCCGCGGUCUGCGUGUAAACCGGUCGCUGAUUUGUUUCGAUGCCUUAAGUUGUCUGGCGUAUCUCUGGGCCGAGACGUCGCCCGUAGGGUCGCCCGGGCGGCGAGGCUGGCAGUGCCGAACAGUGUCACAAAUGUCCAGUGCUUUCCCUCGAACCGGGGCUCUACGCGUCGUAUGAUGCGUUGUCGCUUCGGGUCAUCAAGUACAUAUCACGACUAGGAAGAGACCGCCUCGUCGGCGUCUGUAUAUAGUGCAUUUCGAUUUUGUGUUAGACAGCCAGUUUUACGCAUCGUACAAAUGUUGCAAUACAAUCAUGCAAACUUGUGUACUGUGCAGGGACAUGGCUUGUUGGACAUGGACAUAGACUAAGUUGGACAGCGCAGGUGCAAUCUUCUGCUGAACCGAUCUGGAGCCAGUAUAGCUGUCACAUGUAAAUUCUUAGUUUUUCGACUGCCUUUCCUGCAACUGUUGCGGGCAUUGGUGCCACCGUGCGUGAGAUGGAGCCUUUUUCAUUUGGGCUUUCAGCGAGAGCUCUCCUUGCGAGUCCUUGCUGCUAGUUCGAGCGCUCUCUUGACUGUGCCGUCUCGUGCGUGUGUGCGUGUAUGCGGUGUUUGGUGGACGUGUAUUUACAUAGAAUGCGUUGUGCCAACUGUAUACAUGACUGCGUUGCUGAAUGAUUUACUAAAAUUCCGCCCAAAGAUGUA